CCCUUCUCGUUCUCAUCCACGAUUUUAGUUGCAGAGGAGAACUGUUCUAAGAAUUCUAAGAAUAGCACCCCACACGUCCGCCCAGUCGAAACCCGGCUCGUAUCCGAUAGCCGAUGACGCCACAGCCUAGGUCAGAGACGGCUAGAUGGCAUACGACAACUUGUCGCAGCGGGAGGCCCAGGGGCUUCGAGGUAUCCCGCCGGCGUCUUCAAGUUCCUUCUCUCAAGCCCCAGAUGCGGACGGCUCUUCCUCUCGCUCAGACACUCCCCGCGAUGGUCGCUUCCCCUGGCCGCGACACCAAUUGAGCCAGGCCGCAGAUCCCAGCUCGACGUAUACCAGCGCAGCGCCCGGUUCAAGCUCCACACGCUUGCGACCUUCCACAAGAACCGCCAGUCGGACGUACAACACAUUCUUGGACAGCCUCAGCGGGACAGAUUUAGACCACCGCAACCACAUCGUUCCGCCAGACCACCCAUCGCACGCUCCAACCGCAGGAGCAAUGCCCUACCGCGACGCGCACUCCCACCGGCCGCUCAUCGACCUCAUCCCCGACCACAGCCUCGACGCCUCGGACGAAGAAGACGCCUUCUACGCGCACGACGAGGGCGACUACCUGCUGCACCCCAAGUGGCGGGCGAUGAUCAACCGCACCACGAAUCGCAUCCCGCGGAGAAUACAGCGCUAUUUCGUCAUCUACCUGCUUUUUGCCGUCGUCCUACUCGUCAGCUGGCGGAUAUACUUAGGCCCGCAGUACGCUGUUUACAGGAAGGAACUCGCGCAAAUGGAUAGCGAGCCCAAGGAGGCGUUUGGAAAGAAUGUGCGCCCGGAGUUUAAGGGGAUGACGCAGGUGGAGCAGCUAUCACAGAAGCUGUUGCCGACAGGGAACGGGCGAUUGGUGGUUGUGGGGGAUGUGCAUGGAUGUAAGGAAGAGUUGGAGCAGCUGCUGAAGAAGGUGGAUUUCAGGGAAGGCAAAGACCACUUGAUCCUGACCGGGGACAUCAUCGCGAAAGGCCCCGACUCGCCCGGCGUCGUCUCCCUCGCGCACCGCCUCCACGCCUCCUGCGUCCGCGGCAACCACGAAGACAAACUCCUCCUCUCCCUCGCCGAGACCGCCUCGCACCCCAACCCCGCCAUCCCCGGCCCCAACGAGUCCCCCAGCCGCACGCCCGACUUCCUCGACGAAGAAUCCUUCUCGCACGGCGACUACGAAGUGCGCAAGCUCGCAAAAUCCUUCUCGCACGACCAAAUCUCGUGGCUGCAAAAAUGCCCCGUCAUCCUGCGCGUCGGCAAACUCGGCGACCUGGGCGAAGUGGUAGUCGUGCACGCGGGGCUCGUCCCGGACAUAUCCCUCGAGAACCAGGACCCGUUCCAUGUGAUGAACAUGCGAACCAUCGAUCUGAAAACGCGCCUGCCGUCCGAGAACCGCGACGGCACGCCCUGGGAGAAAUUCUGGAACCACCAGCAGAAGAAGAAGCCGGCGCACGAGCGCACAACGGUCAUAUACGGGCACGACAGGAAGAGGGGGAAGAACAUCCAGAAGUACAGCAUGGGCCUCGAUUCCGGCUGCGUGUCCGGCGGGCAUCUAACCGCCAUGGUGAUCGAUGCGGACGGGAAGCACAAGUUCGUGGAGGUCAAAUGUAAAGGGUAUGUAGACUAGACGUGGGUCAUUGUGCGGUAGCAUAUUUGGGCAUAUUCAUUGGCGUUUGGGAGUUUGACAUAGCACUAGAGAAUUAGGAUAGGGUACUGUACGAUACCCAGCUCUGCGCUUCCAGAAAGCUGCAGAGAGGCCGAGCGGGCAUUAUGAUAGUGUUACAGGUAGAGUAUUGGUAGCAUUUGUUCCGCCCACAUCGUGUAUUUCCUGUAGGUUAAACCCCGCCUUAGACAUGGGGAGACCCUCUCACUACUAUGCCACCGCCUU